AUGGAAACUGGGGCCAACGGCGGCGACGGCGGCGUCAUCGUAAUGAAGCUUCCCGCGGUCCACUCGAUGCCGACGUAUGAUGCCAUCUACCACGCGCUAGAAUCGAGCCGCAGGGGCCAAAACAACAAAUAUGUGGCUUCCGCCCUUGCCCAGUGGGUUAUGGAUCAGUCCAAGCGUGGCCGCAAGGUGGGGGACCUCGACCUCGAAAUGAAGUCUUUCGAGAAACAGUUCCCCGAAUUCCGCACCGAAAUCAACGACGUCCGUCGUAUCUGGAAGAUUGGCACGUUUGACCCCACGAUCCCGUCUCUCCAGGAGAGGAACGCCGAGGCCAAAGCGCUCUACGAGCAGGAGCACGGCAAGCCUGGAUUCUUCUCCAAGCUGGGCCGACUUUUCGAGCUGGGCACCCAAGGCAGGGUGUAA